AUGGCCGAGGCCCUGUUUGAAGACUUCCUGACCUGCCCCAUCUGCAUGGACCCUCUGAAGGAGCCGGUGAGUCUGGGCUGUCACCACAGUUUCUGCCGCGUCUGCCUCAACAACAGCUGGGCUUCGAACCCAUCCAAGACCUGCCCCAUCUGCCGCCGCAGGUCGUCCAAAAAACAACCAGACGUGAACUUUGCUCUUAGAGAGCUGUCCCUGUCCUUCAAUGAGCAAAAGGAUAAAGAGCCAAAUGUUGCAGAAAAGGCAAUGGUUGAAAAGUUCUGCGUCUCUCACCCGGACGUCCCUCCUCUGUUCUGUGUGGACGAGGACCGAGCGCUUUGUCCAGUGUGUGAGUUCUCUCUGCACUCCCAGCACACGGUGGUGAGCGGAGAAGUGUUGCUCCAACAAAAGCAUGUCCAGACUCUGAAGGAUAAACAACAGAGCUACGAAGAACUGGAGAAGACCUAUGUAGAGCUGCAGCGUCACCAGAACGAGCAGUCGGUGGAGUGUGUGAGUCAGAUCUCAAAAGUAUUCUCUCGUCUGCAGAAGAUCCUGAAAGAGGAGGAGGAAAAGGCUUUAAGGUCCUUAGAAGAAGAGCAAAGCCAACAAGCUCAACGCCUUGAGUUAGAGCUGCUGCAGGUGAGAAGUCAGGUCACUGCAUUGACCAACAUCAUCCAGGAGCUGCAGAAAAACAAUGACUCUCAAAGCUUCAAGCAGGAGCUUGCUCUGGCCCUCUCACUGCCCCAUCCCCAUCCUCAAGAGAAUCUGCUCCUGAACCAGGCCAAAGUCGUGGGAAACCUGGGCUAUAGUGUGCUGAAAAAGAUGCAGAAAGAGGUGAGCUUCAGUCCUGUCAUUCUGGACCCCAACACUGCAGAGUGCACCAUGCAUCUGUCCCAGGACCUGUGUGCGGUGAGGCCCGGACCCCAACGACCAGUACCUGUGGUCCCAGAGAGGUUCACCAACGAGGCCAUAGUCCUCGGCUCACAGGGCUUCAGCUCUGGGCAGCACCAGUGGGACGUGGAGGUGGGCGACCUGCCAACGUGGGACAUCGGAGUGGUCAAGAAGUCUAUCGACAGAAGGGGACAGGUUUAUACAGGUAGUCGUUAUGGAAUCUGGUGUUUAUGGCAUGGAGAGGGAGAGUAUAGAAACGGCUCUGGUCAGACAAUCCCACUGAAAUCAGCUCCAAAGAAGAUCCGAGUGAAACUGGACUACGAGAAGGGAGAGGUGGCCUUCUAUGACGCUCACACUAUGGACCUUCUGCUGAUCCUCAAAGCAACGUUCACAGAGACACUGUUUCCUUAUGUGUCUGUGGGGCCUGCAGCUGGAGCCAAGACCAAAGAGAUCAGAGUCCAGUCCUGUCACGGUCGCCACAGGUCUGGUCACCACUCUGCAGCAACCAGACUCUGA